GCAGUGUAGCCUCUGUCACGGCGUUUUGCCAAAUCAGUCUCUUCACUUCCCUAUUAUGACUAUAAAUACCCACGAACACUCCAGAAUCAUUUUGUUUAUCAAACUUUCCUUCACUUUCUCGAGAAACAAUCACAUUGCUAAAGUACAGACCCGCAUAAAUUAGUGUCCUUCUAUAUUCGUCAACUUAUUUUAAAAUUUUCCAAGUCCCUCCCCUUCUUGUAGAAGAACUCGGCUGAUCAUUUCUUUCUCCUUCGGAAGUAGCGGACACUGAAAUGGGUGCAGGGAGAAAGACUGAGACAUAUUGGUUGAAAGAAAAAUCUGUAUCUCAGGCUCAGUGGCCAUCAAACUUCAGCUCAACUGCUAGAAAUCUGAGAAAAAAUGAUCUUGGGGGAGUCAUAUUUGGUUGCAAGCAUAGCACAAUCAAAGAAUGCAAUUUGAAACAGUUGUUUGGACUACCAGCUCCACAUUUUUCGUAUGUGAGGAACAUAAAUCCUGGUUUACCCCUGUUCUUAUUCAACUAUAGUGAUAGGAAACUUCAUGGAAUUUUUGAGGCUGCAAGUGCUGGACAAAUGAAUAUAAAUCCAUAUGGUUGGACUGAAGAUGAAUCGGGCUAUACCCUUUAUCCUGCACAAGUGAGGAUUCGAGUUCGGAUGCAGUGCCAGCCCUUGGUUGAAGAUCAAUUUGGACCAAUAAUUACUGAAAAUUACUAUGAGCCUAAACUGUUUUGGUUUGAACUUGACCGAGCUCAAACAGAAAAACUAAUUUAUUUGUUUUCAUCUUUCCGGACAAUUGUGAGUGCUUCUAUCUCAGCAAAUACUGUGACUUCGAACUCUUUGUACAAUGUGUCAUCCCCAAUGCCUAAUAGAAGGCAGGAAGGAAAGUCUCUAAGUGUUGCUAAUCCUGAUCAGACUAAUACAGAUGAAGAAAACCAUAACAAAUGGGUUUUCCCUUCUGUUUUAAGGAAAACAAGUGCUUCACUCCAUUCAGAUAAUUCUAACAGUGAAAGUGGAAAUCGGGCUCAUCGAGGCUUAGAUGAUGAAGAACGGUGUUUGGAAGCUAUAGAUCAUAAAAAAUCAGCUCAAACGUUAAAAACUGGUGUAGUAGAGCAAACACAAAGUUGUGAUUAUUCUUUCUCUUCUGUUGUACGAACCAUGGGAACUUCCCAUCCACCAAAAAUUUGGAGUGAUUUGUUCAAAGGUUCAAAUGCUGAGGAUGCUGGAGAGGAAAUUGAAGACAUUAAGUUACCAUCCACUGGCUCAACAAACCUUUCCAUAUCUGAUGACUCUGGUUUGGACGAGAAAGGAAAAUGUUUAGAAGCUGUUGUUGAUGAUUCAGAAAACUACGAGGAAUACAUGAACCUAGGACUAAUUAUUGAAGUCCUGAAUUCUCCUGUCAAGAAAGAAGGAACUACUUAUUUUACAAGUUGCACUCAAAAUGACACCAUACCAACUUCUCAUUCAACAAACGAAGAAUUUGGAAGCCACCCUUUGAAAGCUACUGUAGAUGAGGAUACAGAGGAAAUAAUUGAAACAGUGGACAUCAUGGAAAUGAAUGCUUCUGACGUCAACUCUAUUACUGCGAUGUUACUAAGUGAAUUUAAAGGGCUGAAAUCAUCUCUUGGAGAACAAGAUCGCAGAAUCAGUCUUUUGGAGCAUGAUAUGGUUAAAUCAAGAUUAAUAAUCCAACUCUUGAAAGAUAGAUGCGAUGCAUUGGAAAGUCAGCUAUUUAAAAAAAGUGGGAAUGAUGAACAAGAAGAGUCCGAGUCCAUCAAUGAGCUUCAUCCAAACCUUGAUGAGUCGGUACUCUUAGUGGGAGGAUUUGAUGGCUCUUCAUGGUUACCAGAUAUGGAUUUUUAUCAUCCUUCUUUAGACCAUAUGGAACCCUGUAGCUCCAUGCGUCUUGUACGGUCAUAUGCCUGUGCUGCAGACUUGAAUGGCGAAAUCUUUAUUUUUGGCGGUGUAUAUGAUAAUGUGUGGUAUGAUGAAGUCGAAUCGUAUAACCCGGUGUCAAAUCAGUGGACUAGAUGUCCUUCAUUGAAUCAAAAGAAGGGAAACUUAGCAGGAGUUUCUUUCGAUGAUAAAAUCUAUGCAAUUGGUGGUGGAAAUGGCAAUGAAUGUUUCUCAACGGUGGAAAUUUUUGAUGUGAACAAUGGAAAGUGGAUCCCUACUCAAUCAAUGCUACAUAAGAGAUUUUCCCCAGCUGCUGCCGAAAUCAAUGGUGCAAUCUAUGCCGUGGGAGGAUAUGAUGGAAAGAACUAUUUAAAAUCAGUGGAAAGAUUUGAUCCUCGUGAACGAUCAUGGAGGAGGCUUGAGAGCAUGUCAACGAAGAGAGGUUGUCAUUCAGUUGCAGUGCUCAAUGAAAAACUAUUUGCUUUGGGCGGUUACAACGGUCAGAACAUAGUGUCUGCUGUUGAGGUCUUUGACCCUCGGAAGGGCUCAUGGAUGAUGGGGGACUCCAUGAACGACUCUCGGGGCUAUUCCGCUGCUGCUGUGAUUGGAGAUACAAUUUAUGUCAUUGGCGGCAUAAAGGGUGACAAUGAAAUUUUAGACACUGUGGAAUGCUACAAAGAAGAUCAUGGAUGGAAAAAGACCAAUCUCAAAGCCAUAGGAAAAAGGUGCUUCUUCUCUGCUCUUGUUUUAUAAGGUCGGAGACUGAAGGCUGGUGUUGUCAACUAAACACAACACGUCCGGUUUGUGGCAGUGAGGGUAUAUCACUGCCGGUUAUAAUCUUAAAUAACAUAACGCGUACAAAUUACUUAAGCCAAAAACAAAUAGCACGUUUUUAUAAAUAGAAUCUGGUUUCUAAA